CUCUGAAGUGGAAUUAUGUGCUUCAAAUGGACAGAAAGAGGCGAACAAAGAGCUUUCCCCUGCUCUCAGACAUGAAUCAGGUCACAUUUCAGUGGGAUGUGGUAAUAGCCCUUUACAUAUUCUUCAACUGGUGUCAUGGAGGAAUUACAAAUAUAAACUGCUCUGGCCACAUCUGGGUAGAACCAGCCAAAAUUUUUAAGAUGGGUAUGAAUAUUUCCAUAUAUUGCCAAGCCACAAUUAAGAACUGCCAACCAAGGAAAUUUUAUUUUUAUAAAAAUAACAUCAAAGAAGGAUUGAAAAUCACAAGGAUUAAUAAAACGACAGCUAAGCUUCGGUAUGACAGCUUUCUGGAACCACGUGCCUCCCUGCGCUGCACAGCUGAAUGUCCCGGAUAUUCUCAAGAGACGCUGAUAUGUGGGGAAGACAUCUCUUCUGGAUAUCCACCAGAUGUCCCUGACGAGGUAACCUGUGUAAUUUAUGAAUAUUCAGGCAACAUGACUUGUACCUGGAAUACCGGAAAGCCCACCUACCUAGACACAAAGUAUGUGGUGCACAUGAAAAGUUUAGAGACAGAAGAAGAACAACAAUAUCUCGCCUCAAAUUAUAUUAACAUCUCUACUGAUUCAUUACAAGGAGGCAAGAAGUAUUUGGUUUGGGUCCAAGCUGCAAAUGUUCUAGGUACAGAGAAGUCAAAACAACUGCAAGUUCACCUGGAUGAUAUAGUGAUACCUUCUGAAGCUAUCAUUUUCAGGGUUGAAGAUGAUAUAAAUACUACAGUCCCCAAGACCAUAAUUCAUUGGAAUAGUCAAACAACAAUUGAAAAGGUUUCCUGUGAAAUGAGACACAAGGCUACAACAAACCGAACUUGGAAUGUUAAGGAAUUUGACACCAAUUUUACAUAUGUGCAACAGUCAACAUUCUAUUUGGAGCCAAAUACCAAAUAUGUAUUUCAAGUGAGAUGUCGAGAAACAGGUAAAAGCUACUGGCAGUCCUGGAGUUCACCCUUUUUUCAUAAAACACCUGAAACAGUUCCCCUGGUCACACAGAAAUCCUUCCAACAUGACACUCGGAAUUCUGGGCUUCGAGUUGCUUCCAUCAUUAAAGGACACCUCACUUCUGACAACAGGCAACAAGACAUUGGACUUUUAUCAGGAAUGGUCUCCUUUGCCGUUGUGUUUUCAAUUCUUUCUUUGAUUGGGAUAUUUAACAAAUCACUCCGAACUGGCAUUAAAAGAAGAAUGUUAUUGCUAAUACCAAAAUGGCUUCAUGAAGACAUUCCUAGUAUGAAGAACAGUAAUGCUGUGAAAAUGCUACAGGAAAAGAGUGAAUUCAUGAAUAAUAAUUCCAGCGAACAGGUCCUAUAUGUUGAUCCAGUGAUUACAGAGAUAGAAAUCUUUCUCCAAGAAGAACACAAGCCCAUGGACUGCAAGAAAGGAAGGAAUACAGGAGCCCUGGAGACAACAGAGUGCCUGCAAAAGUCACUGCUCGCCAGUACCACAGUUGUGUAUAUUCCUGAUAUCAACACGGGAUAUAAACCCCAGAUUUCUAAUUUUCUCACUGAGGAAGACCAUUUCAGCAAUGAUGAUGACACCGAUUCCUCAACUCUCAAACCAACAGUUGAUUCCUUAGACCUGGGAAAAAAUGCCCUUUUUAAAAAAUACCCUAAUUGUGCUCUUUCUGUCUCAAGUAUGAAUUCAUUAAACAAUACACUAUUUCUUGAAGAAUUAAGCCUCAUUUUAAAUCAAGGAGAAUGCAAUCCUUCUGACACGCAAAACUCGACACAGGAUGAAACCACCACGCUUUUGGAAAAUGCUUCCCCCAGUGAAACUCUUCCAGAACAGACCCUGCUGCCCGAUGAAUUUGUCUCCUGUUUGGGGAUCAUGAAUGAGGAGUUGCCAUCUAUUAAUUCUUAUUUCCCACAAGAUAUUUUGGAAAACUGCUUCAAUAGGAUGUCUCUCUUGGAAAAGUAGAACUGUGUAGUCAAAAUUAAUGUGAGAAAGCUGCCUUGCAAUCUGAAGUUGAAUGUCCCCCUCAACAUAAAUUUAAUUCUGCC